AGGUUGGAUGGUUAUUCUCAGCUUUAUCUGUGUGAGCGAGGUAUUAAACCAUCAAUGACAUUGGCUCUUGCGAUCGGCGGGUUAAAAAGGGGAAAACCUUCAUCAAAGACAGACUGUGAGCGUCACUUGUUGCCGUUGCCGAGAUAUCCUUAAUCGAAGUAAAAAACCAUGAAGCGAUGAAAAGCAUCAGCUGGAUCUGGCAACCAAACAUCAGGCUGUGGCAAGUGUCAGGUGUCUCAAGGUUUGGGCAAAACUCCACGGAAGUUUCUACAGGACUUUGAACCCGUUCAUCUGCUGCUCUUGGUGGACUAUAACAUUCUGUGGAGCAGGGAAAUAUCUGGCCAACAAGGCGGAAUUUAGGUAGCUGCAAAGAUGGAAAGCGCUCCAUUCAGUCGAAAGUCGUGGGUGACGCAGUCGUUGCGUGUCACUGCAAAGGAGUUGUCGCUUGUCAGUGGGCGAGGAAGAAGCAACGCCAUUGCUGAGCGAUUCUCCAAGUACCAGAAAGCUGCAGAGGAGUUAAAUUCAAGUAAGCGAAAAGAGGGCUUUAACAGUGCAUCUUCCUCUCAGCGCUCAACUAACCUGAGCGCUUUGAAGAAGCGCUGGGAGCAAGCGGGGAACGUCGGUCAUCAGGACAAGACCCCAUUUAUCUCCGCGCCCAUACACAAUCAGAGCACAACCACGGUCCUGACGAGGCCGGCUUCUGUCAGCGAGCAGCCCCCUCCUCCGGAGAGCCCGGUGGCCUGGGAGCCUCCUCAGGAGGAUCCACCGAGCGCACCCGCCGCCGAUCCUGUCGUCACGCCUCCAGCUGCUCCGCAAGAGGAAGAAGAGGGGGGGAUGGAGAACGAUGUGCCGACACACAGCGAAGCACCCGAAAAUCUCGACGAACAAGUUCCGACUAGUCCCCGCGCCUCCUAUGAAAAGCCCAGAGUGCCGCUGAAUAAUCUGAAGAUGAGGUUUGAGAAGACAGACGACACCCCAGUAAAGGGUUCCAGGUCCAUGCUACUAAGUACUUCGUCAGAAGAUAUGGACCAAACCUCGGUGUGUGACCGUGUACUGGAGAAGACGUCACUGAGAGAGAAGCUGGCCAAAUACUCGGCUGCUGUCUCCAAACAAAGCAGCGCUAAAACUGCUGCGACGCCAGAAGUGCUUCCCUCCAAGAUUUCUCUGUCAGCAAUUCAGAAAGUGACGCCUGUACACGAAUGCAAUGGGGAUACCAGCAGCGAGCUCUCGAAACCAUCCAGGAAGUUCUGCCCUCCAGUCAAGGAGACGUGCGUUGCUUGUCAGAAGACGGUGUAUCCUCUGGAGAGGCUGGCGGCUCUUCAGCACAUCUACCACAAGAGCUGCUUCCGCUGCAUCCAUUGCAGCACAACGCUCAGCCUUGGCAACUUUGCCUCCCUGCACGGAAACGUGUACUGCAAGCCUCAUUUCAGCCAGCUGUUUAAAGCCAAGGGCAACUACGACGAGGGCUUCGGCCACCGGCCCCACAAGGAGCUGUGGGCGCCUCGCAAGGAUGACGAUGAAGGCGAAGAGGAGGCGGUGAAGCCCAAAGAACAAACAGCGGCAGUCAGGAGCGGAGCCGAGUCAGCGGAGAGCACAUCGGACCAACAGCUGACCCCAACUGUAGAAGCGUCACCGCAAGUCAAAGUCACCGACCUGGCCGCCCACCUGGAGACCCGCAUGCAGACGGCCGCCGGCUCUGCAGAGAAGCCGGCCGAGACCCGCAGGUUGAGGAUCGCCUGGCCGCCCCCCGCCGGCGUGCCCCAGUCCGGCCCGGGCUCGCGCACCCCAGUCGUCGAGGGGGCCGCUACUGGACGGGCCUGGAGGGCCAAGUGGCCCCCGGAGGACGAGUCGCCGUCUUCGGGUUCCUCGUCCCACAGCGCCGAGCGCGCUGAACUUACGAGCCUGAGGAGGAGCUCGUCCCUUAGGGAGCGGAGUCGGCCCUUCACCAUAGCUGCCCAGCCCAGCGCCGAAACCACCUCGAGUCCCAGGGAGCCUCGUCGGCCACUGAAGGCCUUGCAGGAUUGGAGAGCUUCUCUGGAGGAAAGGAGCUUCUCUCAAGAAAGAAUGGAGGACAAGAAAGUGGAGCUGCAGAGGAAGAGAGAGGAGAUGGAAGAGCACAACGCUGGUGAAGAAGCAAACAAAAGCAGCCCGGAGGUGAUGGUGGAGAGCGAGUGCAGAGGAUGUGAACAAGAAAGAAGCUCGUUAGCAGAGGACGGCUCCCGCAGCAUCUCUCCCGAUAUCUCGGAGUCCCCCUCACCGCCCGCACGACCCAAACAGAACCGUGCCUCACAGGACGUCGGCUUCUGGGAAGAGGACAAAGACGAGAGCGACGCAGAGGAGCUGACAGCGGAGGACUUCAUCAAGAGGAACCGUUGCUAUGACGAUGACGACGAUGACUAGAAGAGCGCCUCGUAAUCAACGCCAUUUGUCUUAUAAAAAGCAUUCUGUACAAGUUGCAAUAACUGCCUUUUAUUUCUCAAGUUGGUUUUCCUUACGGUUUUAGCUUUGACAAUUGUGUCACUCCUGACUGUACUGGAACAGGAGUUAAAUAUUUCAUUACUCUCCAACUGUGCUAACAUUAAUUUGGAUGACUGGAAACAAAACUCAGGUCGACAAAUGUGCAACUGCUUUGAAAAGCCUUUUCAUUGCUGAAAUCCUUAAACUACGCUGUUGCCAUAUUACAUAGCCUUAUUGGAUAUCUUGAAGUUGAAACAUUUGUGUAACGUUACUUUUAGUCUUUGGAAAAUCAUGUCAAGAUCCUCUUGAAAUGUUCUGACUGCCACAAAAAGAUAAAUCCUGAUGUAGUUUUUUUUUUUUUUUUACAUUUGGUUUUGUGAAACCCCUUCAAAACCUUUAGUUUAAAAAUGUGCCACUGAAAAUAUGGUUUCUUGUUUUUAAAUAACUUGUAUCAUUAAUUCAAUUUUAGUAGUUUUAAGUUGUUAAAGUAAUAAAAUGUUAGAAAAUCA